CUGGCUGGGAUAUGUUUUGUCCCUGGGACUGACUCCGCCUUUGCACACAGGACCCCAGCAAGUACCAGUGUGGGAAGAGCAAGGUGUUUUUCCAGGCUGGCCAAGUGGCUUACCUGGAGGAGCUGCGGUACCGGUGGCUGAGGGCAGCCUGCAUCUUGCUGCAGAGGCACCUGCAGGGCUGGCUGGCAUGGAGGUGCUUUGGACGGGCAUGUGCCACAGCAGUCUGCCUGCAGCGCCAUGCCCAGGGCAUGUUGGCCCGGAGGCUUGCCAGGAUGCUGCGAAGGACCAGGGCCACUGUGAUGCUGCAGAAGACCCUGAGGAUGGUUUUGGUCCGGCGCUCCUACCUAUGCAUGCGCCAGGCUGUCAUCACCAUCCAAGCCUUUGCCCAGGGCAUGUUUGCCCAGUGUCUUUACUAACAGAUGGUGUGGCACCAGAAAGCCAUGGUGAUCCAGGCUGCUGUCAGGGGCUGGCUGGCCAGAAUCCACUAUGCCUGCCUGCAUGGGGCUGUUAUCCACCUGCAGUGCUGCUACUGCCAGGUGCGGGCAUGCCAGGAAGCUGCAGCGGCUGCGUGUUGAGGCAUGCUCUGUCGAGCACUACAAGCAGCUGCACAAGGGCAUGGAGAUCAAAGUGAUACAGCUGCAGUGCAGGCUGGAUGAGCAGGCCCAGGAGAAGCAGCAGCUCAUGGAGCAGCUCUCAGGGCUGAACACUGCCCAUGCUGAGGAGGUGCAGCGCCUGCAGGCCGAGAUGUAGCGGCUGCAGGAGGAUGUGGCCUGUGACACCCAGGUCCAGCAGCUGCAGGCGCAGCUGGCCGAGCUGGAGAGGCAGAGCAUGAAGAGCUGCCUGGGCCAGGAGGUUGAGGAGCUCAAGAAGUGCUUGGUAGAGGUGGAAGCCAUGAAGCUGCAGCUGUGGGAGGAGAAGGAUGCCCUGAUCCAGUGCAUGUUGGAGCAGUCACAGCAUCUGGAAGAGCAGCACCAGCGUGUGGCAUGGGAAAGCCAGGGACUGCUGCAGGAGCUGGAGGAGGAGUGGGCAUGCUAUCAGAGCCUGGUGCAGGAGUACACCUGCCUGGAGCAGGGCUAUGAGAACCUGUGCGAUGAAGUGGCCUUCCACAGGCAAAGCACCUUGAGAUGGUCCCGUUUGUCAGAGAGCUUCUUGGCCUCUGAGAGCAGCUACUUGUCCUCCAUGUCCACAGCUCCCUCACGAGAUGGCUCUGACCAGCAAGCUGAGGGGCUGGAGGAGUGCUCAUUGCUGAUGCCAGAGGGGCCACAGCCCAGCGGUGAGGUGCUGCUGAAUGGUAGUGUGGGCCAGGAUCACUUUAAGAAGGCGUACCUUCUCCUCUUGGGGCAGCUCAAUGCUGUCAAUAAGGAGCUGGCCCAGACCCGGGAGGUCAAAGACCUCUGUGGAGCCGGAGGAGAGGAAACCAUUGGACUUUCUCAGGCACAGGAACAUAACUGAGAUGUUGGGGUUGGGCAGGAGCCUGGAGAAGGUGGCAGUGGAUGAUGACUUGAAGCAUGCAUAUGAUGCAGUACAGGGUGCC